AUGGGCAGCGCCAGCCCGGGCCUGAGCGGCGUGGCCCCCGGCCGCCUCCUGCUGCCCUCCGAAGCCGCGCCGCGCACAGGCCUGGACAAGGCAGCUGGGCUGACGGCGCCCGAGAGACGGGACUGGAGCCCCAGCCCACCCGCCACGCCCGAGCAGGGCCUGUCCGCCUUCUACCUCUCCUACUUCGACAUGCUGUACCCCGAGGACGGCGCCUGGGCAGCCAAGGGCCCCGGGGCCAGCGCUCGGGAGGAGCCGCCCGAGGAGCCUGAGCAGUGCCCAGUCAUCGACAGCCAGGCCCCGGGGGGCAGCCUGGACUUGGCACCCGGCGGGCUGAUGCUGGAAGAGCACUCGCUGGAACAGGUGCAGUCCAUGGUGGUGGGCGAGGUGCUCAAGGACAUCGAGACCGCCUGCAAGCUGCUCAACAUCACCGCAGAUCCCGUGGAUUGGAGCCCUGGCAACGUGCAGAAGUGGCUCCUGUGGACAGAACACCAGUACCGGCUGCCUCCUGUGGGCAAGGCCUUCCAGGAGUUGGGGGGCAAGGAGUUAUGCGCUAUGUCUGAGGAGCAGUUCCGCCAGCGCUCGCCCCUCGGUGGAGAUGUGCUGCACGCCCACCUGGACAUCUGGAAGUCAGCGGCCUGGAUGAAGGAGAGGACCUCGCCCGGGGGGAUCCACUACUGUGCUUCAGCCAGUGAGGAGAGCUGGACAGACAGCGAGGUGGACUCCUCGUGCCCCGGGCAGCCCAUCCACCUGUGGCAGUUCCUCAAAGAACUGCUCUUGAAGCCCCACAGCUACGGCCGCUUCAUCCGGUGGCUGAACAAGGAGAAGGGCAUCUUCAAAAUUGAGGACUCAGCCCAGGUGGCCCGGCUGUGGGGCAUCCGUAAGAACCGUCCUGCCAUGAACUACGACAAACUGAGCCGCUCCAUCCGCCAGUAUUACAAGAAGGGCAUCAUCCGGAAACCGGAUAUCUCCCAGCGCCUGGUCUACCAGUUUGUGCAUCCCAUCUGA